UAUAAUACAGCAUAAUUAUAAUAUAACAACACCACAGCGUCAAACAUCCGAACACCACUGACGCGUAAGACCGCCCGCCCAAAGUUUUGUUUUCUUUCUUGUCCACCGCGGCCAGACCAACUUUUUCUUUGUUUGUCUUUUUUUCCUGCUUCAGUUUUAGCGGGUUUAACCACUUUCUCCCACCCUUCUGUCUCUUCAUCUAUCAGACAUUUGUGUGUCUAAGCGGCGUGUUGAAGCUGUUACCAUUGAUCUGCUGAUCUUAAGACGUCCAUAGUCGGUGCUCGAUUCUUUUACUGUUGUGUGUGUGCUUUUUUGCGCAGUUCUGUUAUUGAAGUGACGGUGUUGAACGAUGGAGUUCCAGGUGAAGAAGGCAUUCUUCAAGGCUGAUACGGUGGAUCCGUUCACUGGUUUACCGAUCUAUGUGUUUGACUCGAACUAUUUGCCGAAUUUUGAAGGCUUGGAGUGUGACAAGCGCACUCUGGAAGAGUUGAUGAUGAAAGCGUUUAAGAGGAUCAUCCAGCGGGUACCAAAUGCUCCUUACUCGCUGGUGUGCUUCACCUCCUGGUUCAAAUCCUUCAAUGGCUCAAACAACGGCGCUUCAUGGGUCACGCUGCUGAAGUGCUACCAACUGUUUCCCCAGGCUUUCAAGGAGAACAUGAAAAAGGCGUACGUUGUCCAUGAGUCGUGGAUCGUCAGGUCAUUUACGCAAAUCUUGACUAAUGUUGUGCAGUUGAAGAAGUUCAAGAGAGAUGAUGGGAAGAUCCAAUACUGCAGAGAUUUGACCGAGCUCUCCAAGUUUGUUGAUAUUACCAAGCUGAGAAUCAGCUUGGCCGUGUACUUGUACGAUUUGGAAUUUGCAGACAAGUUAAUCAUCCCUUACACUGUGAAGCACAACUCUGCGGAUUACCUCCAAUACAGAGGACUGAUCGAGGAGCGUAUAUUGACGAGGUUGUUACUAGAAGGAGACCAAUAUCCGCUGGUGUUUACAAGACCCGGGAGCCAAAGGAAGUUGAACAUCCUCGCCGAUGCCAUUGAAAGAGGCCACUAUCUGGAUUUGUCGCAAUGGGACAUAUAUGUGAUGGGGACGCUUUGUCUAACGACGCUUCGAAAGAGAGAUGAACCUCUGAUUGACAUCGAUCUCAUUGAGUUGCCUAUACGGGAUGACUUGAACUACACUUUAAUGACUUUCCACAGAAUGCAGCUAUCAGACGAGUCGUAUCUACUGUUCGCUAGGCUCCAUGAGAUUUGGAUCAACAUGUGCUCAAAGUCUGAGACAACGAGACACGAUCUGAAGUCCAUCUCCAAAGCUGUGACGCCAGGGCUCUGCAAGGAGAGAACAUCACUGAAGAAUAACGACCGGUUAAUCAUUGGACAACGGUUUAUCAAGAACCUGUUGGAGUACUGGACUGAGAUCGACAAGGCUCAUUCAAAGUCGAAGCCUUCAGAGGUGGUGAUCAAAGUUGAAAAGCGUAAGGAGAGACCGGACCCGCCACCGUCCCGUAAAGUCUCAUUCAAGACCAACGGCGUUGAGUUCAGAACGAUACCUUCCCGUCCACUACCUGAAGUACCGGAUACUACAAGCAGGACUGUUUCAGAUUCCUCGACGCUACCCGUCUCCUCCUUACCUGUGGAGAACAACAACUCCACCGAACUGUUAACCAUUGAUGACGUUGACAUCGGCAGUAACAGAUCCACACAGACCAACCAAGUGCUCACAGACGCCACAACGUCACUCAACAAGAUGCCGAUGCCAACGGUCAAGAGGCCAAAGCCCAUCACCAAGUUCGCAGAAGGCUACAGCUCCAUAGAAGGCAAGAAGAAGGUCAGCAAGCUGGCACAGCUAUACGAGGAGAGAUUAGUAGGGCUACAGAUCCUGGAUGAGAUCGAGAAGAAGGGCUAACCACAAGGCAUACAAAGCAUACAAAGCACAUGCACAUAGUUAAGAUACCACAAUUUAUCCAACCAAUACAAAUUCAUACUGACGCGUAAAAAAGACCCCUUCAUGACGCGUCGACGCGCGCGUUAAAACGAUAGCAAAAUAAACUUUUUGUCUGCGGCAGCAUGCCCCCGUUUUUCGGGACAAAAUUGCGCUUUUGAAA